AUGGGCGGCGGCGGGCUGCGGCCGCUGCUGCCGCUGCUGCUGGGCGCCGCGUUGCCGCUGCUGCGGCCGGGCGAGUCGGCGGAGCCCGUUAGCGCCGAGCGGAGCUUGGUGUGGGGCCCCGGGCUGGACGCGGGGCUCGCCCUGCCCGUGCGGUACUUCUACAUCCAGGCGGUCAGUGCGGCCGGACGCAACUUCUCCCGCUCCCCGCCAGGAAGAACGCAGUUUAAAGUGGUAAUUAAAGCACUUUCUCCAAAAGAAGUCACCAGAAUUUAUACCCCUCGCCCUUUGGAUAGAAAUGAUGGCACGUUCCUUAUGCGCUAUCGCAUGUAUGGGAGUGUCAGGAAAGGGUUAAAAAUUGAGAUACUUUACGGUGAUCAGCAUGUAGCUCAGUCUCCUUAUAUUUUGAAAGGACCUGUUUACCAUGAAUAUUGUGACUGUCCUGAAGAAGACUCUGAAAUCUGGCAGAAUGUUAUGUCUUGUCCAUCCCAAGAACCUCAGAUUACAAAGGACUUUGUUUCUUUUCCCACCAUUGACCUUCAGCGAAUGCUUAAGGAAAUCCCAGCCAAGUUCAGUCAAACAAGAGGUGCUAUUGUUCAUUACACUGUUGUCAAUAACCACAUCUACCGUCGCUCCUUAGGGAAGUAUACAGACUUCAAAAUGUUCUCCGAUGAAAUGCUGCUGUCCCUGGCAAGAAAGGUUCGUCUUCCUGAUGUGGAGUUUUAUCUAAAUGUUGGAGAUUGGCCAGUUGAGUAUCGGAAAGCUAAUGAUACGCCCGGUCCUAUACCUGUCAUUUCAUGGUGUGGCUCUGUGGAUUCAAGAGACGUAGUCCUUCCAACGUAUGAUGUAACCCACUCGACUCUUGAAACCCUACGUGGAGUCACAAAUGAUCUCCUUUCUAUUCAAGGAAAUACAGGCCCAUUCUGGGAAAACAAAACUGAGCGAGCUUUAUUUAGAGGUCGAGACAGCCGAGAAGAACGUCUCCAUCUUGUCAAGUUAUCCAAGGAAAAUCCAGAGCUACUAGAUGCUGGAAUAACAGGAUAUUUCUUCUUCAGAGAGAAAGAAAAAGAGCUGGGAAAAGUUCAGCUAAUGGGCUUCUUUGACUUCUUUAAGAACAAGUACCAAGUGAAUGUAGAUGGGACUGUGGCAGCUUACAGGUUUCCAUACCUCUUGCUGGGUGACAGCCUAGUAUUGAAGCAAGAUUCCCAGUACUAUGAACACUUUUAUAAUAGAUUAAAACCUUGGAAACAUUACGUUCCAGUUAAGAGAAACUUAGAGGACUUGCUAGAGAAAAUAAAAUGGGCUAAGGAAAAUGAUGAAGAAGCAAGAAAAAUUGCUAAAGAAGGACAAUCAAUGGCAAGAGAAUUACUUGAGCCUCGCAGGCUUUACUGCUACUAUUAUAAAGUGCUCCAGCAAUAUGCCAAACGCCAAGCCAGCAAACCUGAAAUACGGGAUGGAAUGGAACUCGUACCUCAGCCUGAUGACAGAGACUCUGUCUGCAGCUGCCACCGGAAAAAGCCUUUGAGGGAAGAUCUAUAACUGUACCGGAUGGACAAAGUCACCCACUUACAGUGCAGGAAUUCAAAUGGGAAUUAAGCUGUGAAAUCUAGGACACUUAUGCACUACCAAACGUUCUUAGUUAUGUAUUCUUCUUGUAUUUACAUAUCCCUUUCCACACUGACUCUGAUUACAGCGUUGGUUCCCACAGUUCUGUCUCCAUGACGGAUGCCAAGCCUGUCACGGGGAGCAUGUAGGGGAUUUGUUUGCUGAACUGCACAGUGCCGCUUCUGCUCCAGCUGGGACCUAGUUACCGAUAUUUUAUGAGGAACCAAUCAUCCACAAAAGAUCUAUGAGUCAGUGCAAAUUAUUUUAAAGGAGCAUUUGCAACAUAGUGAAACAGUGUUAUGACUUCUUCAUAAAGUUUACCUCAGUGUUAGAUUGUUUCUUGUAUACAAAACAAUUUUCUAACUAGACAAAAUGAAUAUUUGAGAUUUACAGAUACCAAGUUUGGUGUGUCUGAGAUUAUUUUGUGGUCUAUAUAGAGAACAGGAUAGGGAAUGUGAUAUGAUGUUUAUCAGUUUCAGAGGAAAAUGGAGAGGAGGGGGAGAGAUCAGAAUAGUAUUUUUAUAAGCACCGUGGCUGUGAAUCACCAAAAUUAAAUGUUGCUUUACAGCAGA